AUGCAAACACAAAGUUAUACUAAUUCGCAACAUCAGUUUCAGUUAGCGACUUCUUCUAUGGGACAACCUUCAACACAACAGCAUGCUGCAACAAUGGCAAGUACGGACAUCUCUGCGCCAAAUGAAGCACAGAUUUUGAAAACGAAUAAUAUGCUACAGACUAUUUUGAAAUGUGUGGAAACCAAUCGGGACCGAAAGCGCAUGCCGCGAAAACCGGACAACCUCCCAAUACGUAGUCUUGCUGAGAUGGAAGCAUUUGAAAUGAUGAACGACGAGAAAUAUGAUAAAAUGAUAAACUAUUUCACCUAUAUCGGGGGCUUCAAUCUAAAGGAGGCAAUAAACUUAUGUUUUAAAGAAGGCAUGAAGGACGAAAUCACGGCUUCUUUUACUUGGUGGGGUCGCGAAGGAGGUCCAAGAUCCCUUUAUAAUACCAGACUUAUUAUGGCAAUUUAUGAAGGAGUAUGCAGGAAUCAACAUUUCAAUAAGCCGACACGGUCAGAAUUUCAAAUAGAGAUGCGAGAAGCUCUACGGACAGCCAAGCAGAGACACAGGAACAAGCAGCGUCAACCACGUGCAGCAGGACCUAAUCGCAGCAGACACAACUUUUGGACCGAGGAAGGAGAAGAAGACCAUAGUGAUAAUUAA